CGGCUACUUCAUCGUCGGUCGUGUUUCAUCCGACAUUGUUGGAAGUGUUGUUGUCCAGGUUCAGGAAACGACUUUCGUUUCUUUGAGCCUCGUUCGUUAUACAAGAUGAACUUUGCCGAUAUUUCAUCAGCUAUCAGGCAGCAGAUAUCGGCCUCUAUAAUCCCAGAAUGUAAAUGGCAGAUAGCAGCUUUAUACGGAUUAGUGGUACUUCUAUUUGCUAUUCGUAUAUAUACCGGUGAACCUUAUCGCCAGCUGUUCGCAUAUACGCAACAGUACAGCCAAUGGGAUCAUUACGAACUAGAUAUUGAUAUUCCGUUAAAUGUUAGGGUUGGAAUACGCUUCAUUGCCUUACUUACCGCAAUAAUAACAAACAUGAUACCUUUCUUGGUACCAAUAUUGUUAAGUUCAUUCUUCAACCGGCUCCAGACACAGCAUAAUACACGGCAAGGGAGUCAAUGAGAGCAAUAUC